CUCUUCGCGGAACCAAUGAGAGACGCCCACGAUUUAAGCUCCGAUACACUUGGGUGUUUGUGAAACGUCUGCUAGGAUGGCAGGGUUAAAAUUAAAUUGGGUACUAUUUGUUAAUUUAACAACAUAUAUCGUAUUGUCAAUAGCCGGGAGAGAUUUUUAUAAUAUAUUAGGUUUAUCACGUAGUGCGAGCACACACGCAAUAAAGAAGGCUUACAGGCAGUUAGCAAAAGAAUUGCAUCCAGACAAGAAUAAAGAUGACCCGGACGCUUCCCAAAAGUUUCAAGACCUAGGAGCGGCUUACGAGGUACUGUCGGAUCCUGAGAAGAGAGAAAUGUACGACAGAUGUGGAGAGGAGUGUUUGAAAAAAGAUGGCAUGAUGAAUGGUAACAUGGACCCUUUUGCAAGUUUCUUCGGAGAUUUCAGUUUCCACUUUGGUGGUGAAUCUCAUCAUCAGCACGAGACUCCGAAAGGAUCGAAUGUAGUAAUAGACUUACACGUUACUCUAGAAGAAUUAUAUAGUGGAAAUUUUAUUGAGAUCACGAGAAAUAAAGCAGUUAUAAAGGCAGCGAAGGGUACAAGAAAGUGCAAUUGCAGACAGGAAUUAGUUACGCGCAACUUGGGAAACGGCAGAUUCCAAAUGACGCAGCAAGCGGUGUGCUCGGAGUGUCCGAAUGUAAAGUUGGUAAAUGAGGAACGUACGUUGGAGGUGGAGGUCGAACCGGGAAUGGUGGACGGACAAGAAACCAAGUUCACUGCGGAGGGAGAGCCGCAUCUUGACGGGGAGCCAGGGGAUCUGAUAUUAAAAAUAUGUACGAUACCACAUCCUGUCUUCGAAAGAAGAGGCGAUGACCUGUACACGAACAUCACCAUAUCUAUGCAAGACGCUCUAACAGGUUUCACAAUAGACAUAAAGCACUUAGACGGCCACAAAGUGGCCAUUCAGAGGGACAAGAUUACCAAACACGGCGCGCGUAUCCGGAAAAAGGGGGAGGGGAUGCCUAAUUACGAGAACAACAAUCUCCAUGGCACUUUGUAUGUUACCUUCGACGUCGCAUUCCCUGAUACAGAAUUCACGGACGAGCAGAAAGAAGACAUAAAGAAAUUGCUACAGCAGACCUCCGUAAACCGAGUGUAUAACGGUAUACGAGGCGUUUAAGCAUUUAAGUGCAAUAUGUGUACAAAUUUAAUGCCAAGCGAGUGCUUUGAUGGAACUGUAUGUCUUGAUACCGUACGUUUGCGCUAGAAAGGAUUCUUCUUUGCUUCCCCGUUAAAAAUAUACACAUUGGCUCUGGUAUUCCGUUUUCUCCACUGAAUGAAUCAUAUAUGAUUAUGUUUCUAUAUAAUCAUAUAUGAAUACAUACGUGAUUCUACAUAGGUCUUCAAUAUCAGUACACAGACAUUUCAUUUAGAUUAGCAAAAGACUAGAGUCUGUUGGUUUGCAACUUAUUGCCAGUUAUUUGAAUGGAUACCAUCAGCCAGAUUGAUAUCAUUAGCCAGCUGUCAACUGUGAGCAAUGUAUUUAAUUAAUUAAAUUAUUUUGUGUUCGAAUAAAUUACAUGAGUGAUGUAUGAGAGAUUGAUACGUGUGGUGUAUGCGUGUGAAUAAAUUUUGCAUUUAAUUCACGAAGUAAGAAAGAUGAUUGUAACAGUGUAAACAUGGCCAAUGACGAUCGUAAACGAAUUCUGGAUAUGAACAUAAGUAAGUGAAUAAUGAUUAUACGAAAUUAUCGUUAUUAUCACAAUGGGAUUAAUAAACAUACGAUACAUUUGUA